AUGCGACGAGUGCAAGACCUCCACCGGCCACAGCGCCGCCGGCAGCAGCUGCAGCAGCAGGCUCGUCGACGUCGAGAUUUGCUCCUGUCACAGCGAGUGGCAGCAAUGGGAGACCGACAGCAGCACCGACGAUGGGUUCGCCGAACGUGGCGGCGAGACCACCGGCUGGAGGAAGCAGCGCGAUUCAAGCGCAACUCGAAGCUGCACGUGCCAGGGUACAAGCUCAAAUGGCUGCCCUGA